GUGUAAUACGUCACCGCGAAAGUGAUGACGUCAUCUUUCUCAGAGCUGCACCAAGGAGGAAGACGUAUUGAGAAGCGGCAAGAUGGUGUUACCUACUGUUUUAAAAAGAAAACAUUCCCUGAAAGGAAAACAAUUAUUACCAGUUAUCAGAAAGUUGAGGGAUAUUCAAGAUGCGCAUGGCAUUAAACAGUUAGCUAGGACUUCUUCUGCAAGGCGUACCGAAAAUAUGUCUAAUGAGGAUGUAUUGAAGGCUGUUGAGGAUUUAACUGGAGAAAACGGGACCGGGUUACUGGAACUGGCAGGGAAGGACCCAAAUGAUGAGGAUUUUGCAAAGUUACUACUCCAUGUCUGCAUAUUACAUGCUAAUGAAAAAGGACAACCAGAAGGACAGGAUUUGCAGGAUCCAGAAUUAGGUCACUCGUCAGCAACGACUGCAGAUCGAGAGCAAGGGCCUACAUGUACCUCUAAUUCAAGGAAGGCAACAGACAAAGACCAGGAGAGUGGGACCUCUGAAGUUAAGAGGGAUAAUACUUCCUGUAAAGAGGAUAUUCAGCCACCAAAACAGGAAUCAGUUUUAGCAAAUUUGUACCCACCAAUGCCCAUAAUACCAGAAUGGGAGAGAGGACUUGAUUUUGAUCCAACUCCUGUAGAACUAAGACAGAAUUCAUCAUGGGUGACAUUGGGAGGUGGGACUCCCUCAUUUGUAACCAAACAUCUUACAGCUGAGUCUGUCCUUCAAGGGGUUGAUUUUGACAUUAAAAAUUUACCUUUGCGUGACCCAAAAUUAUAUAAGUCAGGUCAGAUACAUCAUAAUAUGGAUCACUGGAAUGAAGUUUUGAAUAAGGGAGUAGUAGAUGAAGAUAUUCAGUUUAGAAUAAGUAGGUGGCUUACACAAGGUGUAGAUGUUAAGGAAUUCUUUUCACAUUUCAAAGGAAACUUUAAAGGUCGUUCUUAUGACAGUGAUGAACCUUCAAGCAUUUUCUUAGAAAAUAGUAUUAGUUGUAGGGAUCACAAGGAGUUUGUAGGCCAGAUUUUAUAUGAGAAAAUAAGGUCAGGAGCCAUAAGAGUUCUGGGGAAGAUUGGUGAAUGUGACAUGCCUAGGGUUGUGAUGCCUUUGUUAGUAGAGCCAUCUAAACCACGGUUAUGUUUGGAUGGAAGGUACUUAAAUUUGUGGAUAAAAGAUUCUCCGUUUCAUCUUGAAACUUUAAAUGAUGUUCAUAGGUUGAUAGAUUCAGAGGCAUGGAUGGCAACAUGUGAUGAAAAGUCAGGCUAUGAACACAUUGCUUUGUCCGAGAAUUCACAGACUUAUUUUGGGAUUGAAUUUGGUGGAUUUAUCAUGGUUUACACAGUUUUGCCUUUUGGGUGGAAGGCCUCACCAUAUGUUUAUCAAACUGUUGGAAUGACAAUUACAUCUUAUCUUAGAAAAUUGAAUGUAAUAACAACUCAGUAUAUUGAUGACCGUUUGAUGAUAGCUAACCCAUCAGAGGACACUACUGACUUGGAAGCAAAAGAACAUUGUUUUAGGGUGAUAUAUGCUCUACUUCAAAUUUUAACCCGUUUAGGUUACACAAUAUCACUUGAAAAAUCAUGCCUGGAACCCCAACAAUGUGUACGGUUCCUUGGAUUUUUGGUGGAUUCAGUAAAGUUAGCUUAUAUCUUGCCAGAGGAUAAAAAGUUUAAGUUUAGAGAGUUAAGAGAGUCACUUUUGGCAGGCAGGGAGGUUUCUAUUCGAACUUUUCAGCGUUUUGCAGGCAAGUGUGUUUCGAUGGGUCUUGCAAUUCCAGGAGCUAAAUUGUACUGCAGGGAAGUUAAUAAUGCAAUUUCAUGUGGAGUUAAAAAUUCAAAACAUAUUGUCAUAGGUGAUGAAUUGCAGGAAGAGUGGAAAUACUGGCGUUUCUUGGACUCGUGGAAGGGUUACGCAAAGUGGAGGUCAGAGAGUCAUAAGCAGGUAAAUAUUUCAACAGAUGCUUCCGGCUACAAGUAUGGGGCAGUAGUUUGUUUUCAAGGGGAAAAGGUUGAACUUGGAGAUUUUUGGGAGACAAACGACAGUAGACCUAUUCAUUUGAAGGAAGCUGAGGCAGUCCUUCAGGUCUUGAAGUCAAUGGAGGAAGUAAUUAGAGAUUCAAGGGUUGACUUACUGGUAGAUAAUGUUGCUGUUCUGAGUGUUUGGAACAAUCAAGGAGGACGGGAUAGAUCUUUGAACAACAUAACAAAACAGAUAUUUCAGUUGGUGACUUCUUGUAAUUGUGAUCUGCACAUGCAAUAUGUAUCCUCAGAUUUGAAUGAGGCAGAUUCACCUUCACGUAGUCUUAGUUACAGUAAUGCAUGUUUGAAUAUUGGUUCAUGGCAGUGUGUUGAAAGGCAAUUUGGACCUCAUUCAAUGGACCUCAUGGCUAUUGAUUCUAAUGUGAUGAAAUCUUCAGGAGGUACAGCAUUACCACAUUUUACCCCAUAUCCUACCCCAUAUUCAUCUGGUGUAAAUUUGUUUGCUCAGGAUUUGUCAGUGGUGGUUAAUGCAUAUGUUUAUCCCCCUUUUGCCCUUAUACAUCCGUUACUCUUAUUUUUAAAGGAACAGAAAGUUGGUCUGUGCAACUGUGUCCUGCCAUUGAUCAAGCCUGUACCUGUUUGGUGGCCUUUUGUUCAAAAGCAUGUAAUCCAAAGUUUAGAGUUGGGGGCCCGGGGAGAUAAGGCAGGAGAAAGCUUGGAUCUGGUUAAGAUUGACAAGAGGAUUAAGGAAUUGAAUGACAAAUCUUCAUCAUCUUUAUCCAAGAGAAAAGAUACUUUGAAAAAUUCUCUGAAUUUCUUUCUUCAACUAUUGAGGAAAGAUUGCACAAUAUCUAAUUGUACCCCUGAUGAUCUAAAGCAUUUUCUGAGAAGUGAUACAGGUAACCCUGCAGCGGCACAUUGCAUCAAACAGUAUGUGAAACUCAUUCAAGAGGAACAAGCGGCAGCACAUGUAGUUCCUAAGCAGGCAAAGCCAAUUUUUCUGGGUAAAAUAAAAAGAAUUGCCUCGUAUAUAGAUAAUGAAUUGGGUAGGGUUGAUAUUACAUUGAAGGAAAGAUAUGUGCUCCUUAGAGAUCAGGCUUGGAUGAAAUUACAGUUCUUUGGGGGAAAUAGGGCAAAUGACUUGACAAUGCUUGUAGGACAGGAGGUAAAGAAAUUGGAUGACAAUUCUGGUUUAGUAAUAAAACAGACAUUUGGGAAAACUUUAAGAGGAAAUAAACAUAAAUGUCAUGUUUUUGUUAUUAAGAAAUGCAGAGACAAGACUGUUUGUCCAGUAAUUGGUUUGCACACAUAUGUUCAAGGUUGUAAAAGAAUGGGUGUGGAUCUUGCAAAUGGUUUUCUUUUUCGAGUUGUUUUAGAGAAUGGUAGAGUCAUAGGUGAUAGAGUGACAUAUUCAGUAAUGUAUGAAAGACUAAUUCGGUAUCUUACUUUGUUAGGAAUAUAUGAGGGUGAGACUCCUCAUAGUUUUCGAGCCGGGUGUGCAGUGACUCUGGCCUUAUCUGGUUCAGUUACAAAUGUAAGACAAAUGAUGAACCAUGUGGGAUGGUAUGGAGAGGGAACAGCAGAAUAUUAUAGUAGAUUGCCAGCUUUAGUAGAAUCUGAUUAUAUCGCAGGUAGAUUAGCAGACAGUGCAGGUCAAUGUGAUUUUGUGGAAGAUCAGUUCCAACAAUAUGGGGAUUUUAAUAUUUUACAGAAAGCUUUUCAUUAAUGAUAAGGCCUUUAGAAUGUCGAUACAAUUUAGGGAAUAAGAAAGAUCCUUUAAUUAUCAUCUACAUCAUAUUAGGAUUUUGUAGGACUGUUUGUUUUG